GUGCAACCCUAGCUGUCUUGGAGCUCACUGUGUAGGCCAAGCUGGCCUUGAACUCACAGAGAUCCAUAGCUUUUGCUUCUUGAGUGCUGUGAUUAAAGUAUGUGCAUUACUUUCAGAAGCCUCUAGCUGGUUUCUAGCUUUUAACUAAUUUCUAAUUUUUCUACUGUGUCCCAGAUGGGGUGCUUCGUCACUUCCCUGAGUGUGGGGAGUGUGGGUGAAUCCUGUCUAUCUCAUGAGCUGGUUGUUUUUCAUCAUUGAGGACAUAGCCUGAAGCAGGUCCACCAUGCCGUUAGUAACCAGGAACAUCGAGCCAAGGCACCUGUGCCGUCAGACGUUGCCUAGCGAUACAAGCGAGCUGGAAUGCAGGACCAACAUCACCCUGGCAAAUGUCAUCCGACAGCUGGGCAGCCUGAGUAAGUACGCAGAGGACAUGUUCGGAGAGAUUUGCACUCAGGCAAGUGCCUUUGCCUCCCGAGUAAACUCCCUUGCUGAGCGGGUUGACCGAGUGCAAGUUAAAGUCACUCAGCUGGAUCCCAAGGAAGAAGAAGUGUCACUACAAGGAAUCAACACUCGGAAGGCCUUCAGAAGCUCUACCACCCAAGACCAGAAGCUUUUUGACAGGAAUUCUCUCCCAGUGCCUGUCUUGGAAACCUACACCAGCUGUGAUGCUCCUCCCCCCCUCAACAAUCUGAGUCCUUACAGGGAUGAUGGAAAAGAGGCACUCAAAUUCUACACCAACCCUUCGUACUUCUUUGAUCUUUGGAAGGAGAAGAUGCUGCAGGACACCAAGGAUAUCAUGAAAGAGAAGAGAAAGCAUAGGAAAGAAAAGAAAGAUAAUCCGAAUAGAGGGAAUGUAAACCCACGUAAAAUCAAGACACGUAAGGAAGAGUGGGAGAAGAUGAAGAUGGGACAGGAAUUUGUAGAGUCCAAAGACAAGCUGGGAUCUUCUGGGUACUCAUCUGCCUUGGUGUACCAGAAUGGCAGCAUUGGCUCUGUUGAAAAUGUGGAUGCAGCCAGCUACCCACCACCGCCACAGUCAGACUCCACCUCUUCACCUUCUCCUUCCUUCUCUGAAGACAACUUGCCUCCCCCACCAGCAGAAUUCAGCUACCCUGCAGAAAACCAAAGAGGAUCUGUCUUAGCUGGACCCAAAAGAACCAGCGUGGUCAGCCCAAGCCAUCCACCCCCGGCUCCUCCUCUGGGCUCUCCACCAGGCCCCAAACCUGGUUUUGCGCCUCCACCUGCUCCUCCACCUCCACCUCCAAUGGGCGUGCCUCCUCCACUGCCACCAAUGGGGUUCGCAUCUCCUGGGACCCCUCCACCACCAUCACCUCCAUCUUUCCCACCUCACCCUGAUUUUGCUGCCCCUCCACCACCUCCCCCUCCACCGGCAACUGACUACCCAAUGCCACCACCUCCCUUGUCCCAACCAUCUGGAGGGUCUCCUCCCCCUCCCCCUCCUCCUCCACCUCCAGGGCCCCCGCCUCUCCCCUUCAGUGGUGCUGAUGGCCAGCCUGCCGCACCACCACCACCUCUUUCUGAUGCCACCAAGCCCAAGUCCUCAUUGCCUGCUGUGAGUGAUGCGCGCAGUGACCUGCUUUCUGCCAUCCGUCAAGGCUUUCAGCUACGAAGGGUUGAAGAGCAGCGGGAGCAGGAAAAGCGUGAUGUGGUGGGCAAUGACGUGGCUACCAUCCUGUCACGUCGCAUUGCUGUUGAGUACAGCGACUCCGAAGAUGAUUCCUCUGAGUUUGAUGAAGACGACUGGUCGGAUUAACAUUCUGCCUGUUGCCCACAUUCCUUCUUCUAUCCUUCCUACCUGCCUUCUUUAUACCAGCUGUAACAGUCUCGUGAGGGGAAGAUGGGGGACAAAGAAUUGCAAGGGGCCAAAGCCUUUUCUGGAGCAACCAAAGAUCUAUCUGAGUGCUUCCUCCAAAUUACCAUGGACUUCCUUCCUCCCUCCCUGUCUGUGAGCUCCUGAGGGUCCAUGGCUGAGCUGAUCCCUCCUCCUCUGGGUAACUCUUAAAUAUUGAAAGGAAGGAAAAACCCUACAGCAAAUCCCUUUGGUUGGGUUUCAACUGGAGAUAGUGCCUUCCCCUAAUAACCAUUUUAACCCAUGGCCUCCCUCAAAACUCUUGUAGUUAGCUACUUCAAAUAAUGCUGUUCACCUCCUGGUCUUAAAGCAGUGGGCAGAGCCUGUGUGGACACAACUGGUCCCUCUUCUGUGCUGAGAGCAUGGAGCAGGCCAAGUGCCCUGGCAACUAGGCUGCCUCAGCCC